AUGUCUACCGCAUCUCCGCUCUUCACCCUCCCCAUCCCUUCCACCUCCGGUUCCAUCACCUGCACCAACCCAUCCCCCGACCAACCAACAAUCUACCUCCUCACCUUCACCUCACCCCCAGACAACCGCCUCACUCCAACCUUCAUCGACACCUUCCUCCUCGCCCUCGACAUCAUCGAACACCGCUACCAAAAAGGUGUCCUAAUCACCACCAGCGGCAUUCCCAAAUUCUACAGCAAUGGACUAGACCUCGAACUCGCCCAAUCCACAGAGGGCUUUCUCGAUAAAUGGCUUUGGAAGUUAUUCCGUCGACUAUUAACCUACCCCAUGCCCACCAUCUCCCUCCUAAACGGCCACGCCUUCGCCGGCGGCUUCAUGCUAGCCAUGUACCACGACUACCGGAUCCAGAACCCGAGUAAGGGUUUCCUGUGCAUCAACGAGCUCGAGUUCGGGGUUCCGUUGCAAGCGCCCAUGAUGCAUGUUUUCCGGGAGAAGUUGACACCCAGCGUGUGUCGGGAUGUUGUUCUCGAGGCGAAGAGGUUUCCUGGACCGGAGGCGCUGCGGGUGGGGAUUGUGGAUGGGCUGGGAGGCGUGGAGGAGACUUUGAAGUUCGUGAAGGACAGGAAGUUGGUAUUGAUGCCGAAGACGGAAAUCUAUGGGGUGAUGAAAGAGGAGAUGCAUCGGAGGUUGUUGGGAGUGGUGGACGAUCAUCAGGGGAAUCUGGAGUGGAGGGAGAGGGUGGAGGAGAGGAAAGGGGAGGAAGAGAAUGUUGGGAGGAAGAGUGUGGAGGUUUGGGAGGCGAGGAGGAAGGGGGGGAAGUUGUAG